ACUUACUAAUCUAAUUCUUAUCCUGACAACCUCAUUUCCUCUCUUUACCUGUCUUUCUAUCUCGUCAUUAAUUUUCACGAUACACGAAGCUUAUCGAAACCGAAAAACAUCCUCAAGAAAUUUAAAAUUUUGGGUUUCAAAGUCAAUUUCUUCUCCAGCUUUCCCUCCACGGUCAAUUUUCCAGGGAAAAUUAUAAAAUCGUACAAAAAUAUCAUGAAGAUUCUGGGAAUGUUCACCUUGAUUUUUCACUUACCUUUUCAGCCCCCUCCCGAGCUCGAGGUGACUCGUGUUAUCACGCGCCUGCACGUUCUCGUGGUCUGUGGAUGUUUUGGUGUAUUUUCAACGUGGUAAAUUGGAUAUUGUAAAAUUUUUAUAGUUAUUGGAAUUUUUUCUUAAUUUUCUUUGUAGGAAAUAUUUUGGCAACAAGUUAUUUGAGGGAAUUGAGGUUUAAAGAUUUUACUAAUAAUCUUUAGGGAAGAAUUUAUUAUUAAUAAAUACAGAGGGAGAUCUGGAAGCGUUUGAUUUUGUAAAUAGUAAAUAUGCAUUGAAAUUAUUUGAUCUUGUGCAUCAAAUUAGAUUCUUGGAGCGUGGAAUUUGAAUUGGGUCUUCUGAGAUUUAGAUAGUUUGUGUUGAUCCAUGGAUUCUGAGGAUAUGCCCCUGUCAAUUAGUUUGGGCGAAUGUUGCAAUUGCGGGUGUAGCUGUUCGACGAUGAAUGGGUCAUUUUCCGUUACUUCUCUUCGGUCUGUGAAACGAAAGUUGGAUGAAUUUAAAGUGGAGAACCAGUUCACAGUCCCAGGACUCAUUUUGCCACAAAAUGCUCGUGUGGAAAUAGGAAAUGAGUGUAUGGCAUUGCGUGAAACAGUCAUCAGCCAGCAGCAGACCAUUCAGGACCUCAUAAUUGAGUUGGAGGAGGAGAGGAAUGCAGCCUCCUCAGCUGCCAAUGAGGCCAUGUCGAUGAUUCUAAGGUUGCAGAGGGAGAAAGCAGAGAUUCAGAUAGAGGCUAAGCAGUUUAAGAGGUUCGUAGAGGAGAAAAUGGUGCAUGAUCAGCUGGAAUUGUUGGGUUUGGAGGAUUUACUGUAUAAGAGGGAGCAAUCCAUUCAAUCUCUUACAUGUGAGGUGCAGGCCUAUAAGCAUAGGAUGAUGAGUUAUGGCCUGACCGAGGCUGAGGCCGAUGGAGAGAACAGUAUGAGUCGGAACAACUGUAUGAUAGAGAACCUUGAUGGGCAAUUUGAAUUACCCCCUUACGAGCUUUACCCUCCUCUGAAGUGCAAUUUUAAUGAGUCCCGGGCUUAUCCUGAUGGUGAUGAUGAAGUUGCAUAUUUUGAGAAAUAUGCAUUUGGGGAAACACCAGAUUCUCAGGUUCAAUUGAAAGAUUUGGAAUACCGAAUCAAUCAAUUAGAAAAAAGUCCUAAGAACAUUCAGCCUGAGGCAGAACUUGUUGGUGCCAAAAGUAUGCUUGAAAAGGUGAUAGUAGGGCAGUCCCCAAGGCAACCUAGCCACUCUAGAAAGUUCUCAGACGAUAGUUCAAAUUCCUUUUUGGCAACAGGUGAAGAUUUGGGUCGAGAAUCCUUCACAAAUUCUCCAAAACUUGGUGGAAGUUUUAAGAACGGGUUUUCUCAGAUGGAGAAUUCUAAUUUGAAGGUGGAUAAUACAUCAGAAGUUGAAGAUGACAUGAGUGACAGAGUUUAUACAAUUGAUUCUGUUCACCAGGAGGCUCCAUAUAAUGGUCUGAUGGAGCCCAAGGCUUCUGUUGGAAUGGUGGAUGAUUAUAUGACGACGACCCCAAGGGAGUCACUGAAUUUUUUGGAUGUUAAAGAUCUAGAGAUUCAGAAGCUGUAUGCUAGGCUUCAGGCUCUUGAAGCUGAUAGAGAAUCAAUGAGACAGGCAAUAAUUUCUAUUGGGACUGAUAAAGCACAAUUUGUGUUGUUGAAGGAGAUAGCUCAAAACUUAUGUAAAGAAAUGACUCCAGAGAGAAGGAUGCCUGUGAAGAAGCCAGCAGUAGUUAGAAGUUUUUCCUUCAUGGCAAUAUUCAAGUGGAUCAUAUCCUUAGUUUUCUGGAGAAGAAAAGUGCGCAGAUGCAGAUACACAUUCGGGUUAUCAGGCAACAAUGCAGGCUUGCUUAUGCUCAUAGACAGGGGACCUCGUGUGGGACACUGGAGACGUCUUGCUAGUACACAAGUGUAAAUCAAUACUCUGUGCUCCGUAUCCACCUGUGAAGAAAAUGGACAUCUAUUCAAACAGAGAAAAUGUUUGGUACAAAACACUUUUCAAUACUGUGAAGUGCUAUUCCACCAUAUUGAACAUGUCGUGAGAGGAUUCUAAUAACACUUACCAUCGUUGGGGCAUGCAUAUCUUUUGGAUUCCUUCUUGGUGCAGAAUUGAAUGGUUUGCAAUAUGCUUUUACUUCAAUUUGUUGGUGUAAGAUGCAUUUUCCUGGUUGAUCAGAAAAUAUUGUAUUUUUGUGUAUAUUCUCAUUUGGUUCAUUGCGCCUUAUUAGUUCGUUCCCUUUUGUAUGUUACGCAUUUAUGUACGAUUUCUCAAUCAAAAGCAGAUAGAUCUUGGGACAUUAAUUUUACCUCCCAGUACUGCUAUGUAUUUGUUACUCUUGUCAAAAGAUUUCAUAUUUCCAGUGAAAUUUAUGUAAAGACAAUUGUAAUUGGUGAGAUAUUAAGAUUACCUUUUCAAUGGUGCA